AUGAUGCACUUGCCUACACCUCCGCUCGCAGGCCUGUCUCCACUUCCCUCUCCAAGCCCAAGUUGCAAGCCUUCCUUCAUCAGCUCUCUCUCCAGACUCCCGACAGACCCCGAAUCCUCCCGCUCGUCAUGGAGCUCCGACUCCGACUCGGAUUGGGAGGAUGACAACUUGGAUAUAGAUCAUGAUUUUGACGAAGACUGGUGGGACGACUGGCCGCUCGACUGGGACGGGAAAGGUCUACUUCAACGAUUAGUCGAGGCAGAGUCUUGCACUGAACACGCGCCUGUUUCGCUUCCACUCUUUCGACUCAAUGUACGCGACUUGUUAGAUGAAGUCGAGAAGUUUGCAGGAGCACAAGUCACGGAUAUUCCCGUAGUCGGCAAAGGCGCCAACUUCUUCGGAAUGCAUCUUGUGCUGGAGAAUGCGCAAAAUCUUCUCGCCCGAAUCGCUCGUAUCGACAUUAACUGGUUAACUUAUGACGACAAAGAUGAGCUCGUGAACCAACAAAUUUCCGAUGUGGAGUUCGAAUCUGCUGUUUACCGACUUCUCGUUCAGUAUCCCAAUAUAAAGGCUGCCAACCUACUAUACUCUCGACCACCUCGGUAUAGUAAUAAUAUUGGCACAACGCCGUCGGGUGAUGUGCAAGGUCGUGCAUUAUUCCUCUUCCACAAGACCGAAGGUGUCAAUAAUGUGUGGCCCUUGGAUCCGCUACAAAGGCUCGCUCUUCUUGACCGGUGCGCUGAGAUUCGGGGCGCCUUGUUUGGGCUCGACCUUCCUAAUAACUUCGUUGAAUCGUGGACUGCUCUUCGACUACCGUGGACGAACCUCGAUGGCAUCCAGAUCACACCAACACGUUCGUUCACUCUCGCGCUUCUCACCCGAAAGCUGGAGGAGGUUAUUCCGGAUGCAAACGAAUGUCCUCACGUCGGCCCUGAAAGGGAUGGAGUAGCCAUGGUUGGACCCAAAGCCCUUGCUGCCAAAGUGUCACUAAAACAACUUAUCUCCAUGAUCCUGCCAGACGACAAGGAGGACCAUCUUGGCCUCUAUCGACUUGUCCUUGAACACGGCGACUAUGGGAUCCACAACAUGUCCAUUGUCGAAGAAGAAUCUGAAACCCUUGUGACGUCAUUGUAUGAUUGGGAGUCUGGUCAUAUCAUACCCGCUCUUCUUUCCAACCCACAACUCGCAGUCUAUGUCGACCUUCAGCUGGAUAACGAGAGCCAGCCAACUAUCUCACGGAUUUGGGAGGGAAUAACUGAAGAAGCACAUGCGGAGCAACUGGGCUAUGCCAAGUACUAUUACGAUGCCCUCCAACGACAUCACCCGCAAUAUUUUUCGAUUCUCAAGCAAGCCAGGGACGCGCGACACAUUUGGACUGCAUUAAUCUCAUUUGGUGAAGGGGUUGAUGACCAUGAACUCUAUUUCGGGCGUCUGGGGAACUGGGCUGAAGAGGCUUUGUAUCGACUCCGUUCCGUAGACAUCUAA